CUGAGACCCGAGUCCGCUCUCGCGAAAGACUCGGCAGUGUAACGGAGAAAGGGCGACUCGCGCAUAGCAGCGCUCCGUCCGUCCAGAGGUGCACCCUGCUUGACAGCCAGGCUUUACGGAGAGGGGCUCCGUCUUCUCCGCGAGGACUUCGCCGCUCAGUUAUGGAAUAAAAAUGGUCCCGGCCGAAAGCAGAAUGACAAGACAAGGCGCAGCGAUGAAGUGUGUCAUCUGGAUUCUCACGCUCUCCCUGUUCGCCGUCGGCUCCUGCGCUGAACAAGACAAAAAAGUGUGUCAAGGGCUUAGCAACAGGCUGACAAAGCUCCGGAAUACUGAAGACCACUACAGGACCCUCGUGAGGAGUUACAGCAAUUGCACGGUGGUGCUGGAGAACCUGGAGAUCACUUACAUUGACGAAAACCGCGACCUGUCUUUCCUGAAGUCUAUAAAAGAAGUCGGCGGGUAUGUGCUGAUUGCCAUCAACACAAUUUCAAGAAUCCCCCUGGAGAACCUCCAGGUCAUCCGAGGGCACACGUUGUACGAUAACAAGUACGCUUUGGCCGUCUUGUUAAACUUCAACAAAAGUGGGUCGGGAUUGCAGCAGCUGCCCAUGUGGAGCCUCACAGAGAUUCUUAAAGGUGGAGUCAAAUUCGCCAACAAUCCUUACCUUUGCAACCUGGACAGCAUCAACUGGAGUGACAUCCUGGACACGAGUGCAAAGCCGGAAGUGAUCCCGGCCGGUGAAACUGUGAACUGCCCAAAAUGUGAUUCCAAAUGUUUCAACAGCUCCUGCUGGGGUCCCGGGCCUAUGGACUGCCAAACCUUCACCAAGCUGACCUGCGCCCAGCAGUGCUCGAAAAGAUGCAAGGGACCGAUGCCAAGCGACUGCUGCAAUGAACACUGUGCCGCCGGCUGCACCGGACCAAAGCCAACAGACUGCCUGGCCUGCCGGGAUUUCCAGGAUGAAGGGACCUGCAAACAUUCCUGUCCGCAGCUGAUGCUCUACAACCCCAACACCCACCAGCUGGAGGUUAAUCCCGACGGGAAGUAUAAUUUUGGAGCCACCUGCGUGAAGAAUUGUCCACACAAUUACGUGGUAACAGACCAUGGAUCUUGUGUACGGACCUGCAACGCUGACACUUUCGAAGUGGACGAAGACGGAGUCCGAAAAUGCAAGAAGUGUGAAGGACCCUGCCCAAAAGCCUGCAAUGGACUGGGGAUGGGCGAGCUCACCAACGUCUUAUCCAUUAACGCGAGUAACAUCGACUCCUUCCAGAACUGCACAAAAAUCAACGGCGACGUCUCCAUCUUGCCGGUCACCUUUGCCGGCGACGGCUUCACCAGGACGCCUCCAUUGAACAUUUCCAAACUAGAAGUGUUCAGGACGGUGAAAGAAAUUACAGGAUUUCUUCUUAUUCAACAAUGGCAUAUAAAAAUGCCCAGCCUUAUUCCUUUUGAAAAUCUGGAAAUCAUUCGUGGAAGAACGAAGCAGUAUGGAACCAUCAGCUUCGGAGUAGUGAAUACGGACCUCUCUUUCCUUGGAUUGCGAUCACUAAAGGAAAUCAGUGAUGGCGAUGUGGUCAUUAAAAAGAACCCCAAUCUUUGCUUGGCUAAUACACUGCAAUGGAAAAACCUGUUCAAGUUGCAAAAGCAAGACGUCAAGUCGCAAAACAAUGCAAAUUUGACGGAAUGCGCCAAAAGGAAUCACUCCUGCCAUCCCCUGUGUACGAGCGAUGGAUGCUGGGGUCCUGGUCCCUCCAUGUGUUUUGCGUGCAGACAUUAUUCCCGGGCCCAGGAGUGCGUUGAGAAGUGCAAUAUUGGCGACGGGAACCCCAGGGAGUACAUUGAAGACAAUCAGUGCCUGGCGUGUCACCCGGAGUGCAAGCCACAGAACUCCUCCAUGACCUGCUCUGGACCAGGUCACGACCAGUGCACAGAGUGCGCUCAUUUCAAGGAUGGACCCCACUGUGUUCACAAAUGUCCUGCUGGUGUUCCGGGAGAAAAAGACACAAUCAUCUGGAAGUACUCGGACGAGAACAAGGAGUGCCAGCUGUGCCAUCCAAACUGCACCCAAGGGUGUACUGGACCUGAACUUUCUGGAUGUGAUCACCCAAGCUCAAAGUUGUCAUCAAUUGCCGCUGGUGUGGUCGGCGGCCUCUUAGUGUUUGUCACCAUCGCCCUGAUUGUGUUCGUGUUGAUGCGUAGACGCCAUAUUAAAAGGAAACGGACUCUUCGCAGGCUGCUCCAGGAAAGAGAGCUGGUGGAGCCGUUGACCCCAAGUGGCGAAGCACCAAACCAGGCCCUACUGCGCAUCCUCAAGGAAACGGAAUUUAAGAAGCUCAAGGUCCUUGGAUCGGGAGCAUUUGGUACGGUCUACAAGGGUCUGUGGAUUCCUGAAGGAGAGGAUGUCAAGAUUCCUGUUGCCAUUAAAGUAUUGAGAGAAACGGCCUCCUCCAAAGCCAACAAAGAGAUUUUAGAUGAAGCCUACGUGAUGGCCAGCGUUGAGAAUCCGCAUGUCUGCAGGCUGCUGGGGAUCUGUCUGACGUCCACGGUCCAACUGAUUACUCAGCUCAUGCCCUAUGGCUGCCUGCUGGACUACGUGAAGGAGAACAAGGACAACAUUGGGUCUCAGUACCUCCUCAACUGGUGUGUGCAGAUUGCAAAGGUAAGGCCACCGCAAUGUAGAUGACAAUCAAAAUGGCGGUGUACAUAGUGGAGAGUUCAUGAGGUUAAGAGUUGUGAUUAGCAGCACAUGGUAUGGCGAAAAAGGUGAAGGCCUCAAAAAAAAUACUAAAUGCCUGGUCUGGAAUCUAAAAGAAGGCUUCACCCCAGGCAGCCUGAUCCUAAACUCAAAAGGCAGGCUUCCAGGCCUAAUAAUGGUCUCAGGCUUUUAACGUUAAAAAAAAAACUUUGUACGUUCUAAAUUUACAAAAGUCAAGUCAAGUUGGGGAGCCUGCACUGGCACACU